AUGACGGCGAUGACCGGGUUUGAGUCUGGGGCCGCCAAGUUAAUCAUUAAAUCAUUCAUGCUGAUCUCCAUUCUGGAUUCUGGAUUCACUCAAGAUUUACCCAGAUCUACAGUGACUGUGACACCAGACAGUGCUGUAUUCACUGGAGAGACAGUCAAUCUGAAGUGUGUGAUUGAGCCUGACCACUGUGACUGGACAUAUGAGUGGUAUACAGACAGACACUGUGUGAAGUUACAGUCUGAUGGUCAUUACACUGUAAACAGAGACACUCUCACUAUCAGAGGAGCUGCUGAGUCUGAUCAGGGUCAGUACUGGUGUGAAGGACUCAGAAGAUCAGUGUCAACACAAUCAUCUGCUGUUUCUCUCUCAGUGAAGGCUUCACCCAGAUCUACAGUGACUGUGACACCAGACAGUGCUGUAUUCACUGGAGAGACAGUCAAUCUGAAGUGUGUGAUUGAGUCUGAUCACAGUGACUGGACAUAUGAGUGGUAUACAGACAAAAACAGUGUAAAGUUACAGUCUGAUGGUCAUUACACUGUAAACAGAGACACUCUCACUAUCAGAGGAGCUGCUGAGUCUGAUCAGGGUCAGUACUGGUGUAGAGGACAGAGAUCUGGAAGACCAAACUCAUCACAAUCAAGCUCUGCUGUUUCUCUCUUAGUGAAGGCGAGACCAAAGCCUGUAGUGAAGCUGAGUCCAGAUCAGCGAGUGUUCACAGGAGAGACAGUCACUCUCACAUGUGACAUACAGACAGGAGGAAACAUUCAGUGGAUCAAAUACAACUGGAUUAAAGAUGGACACACUCACAAUCCACACAGAACAACAUCAGCAGCAGAGUUGAGAUUCAGAGCUGAUUCUGUGUCUAGCUGCUUGAGUCACUUUAUGAUUCUGUCUUUCUCCUCAGCUUCACCCAGAUCUACAGUGACUGUGACACCAGACAGUGCUGUAUUCACUGGAGAGACAGUCAAUCUGACGUGUGUGAUUGAGUCUGAUCACAGUGGCUGGACAUAUGAGUGGUAUAAAGACAGAAACAGAGUAAAGUUACAGUCUGAUGGUCAUUACACUGUAAACAGAGACACUCUCACUAUCAGAGGAGCUGCUGAGUCUGAUCAGGGUCAGUACUGGUGUAGAGGACAGAGAUCUGGAAGACCAAACUCAUCACAAUCAAGCUCUGCUGUUUCUCUCUCGGUGACGGGUGAGCUGAAUAUUAUUGUCCUCAUAAACUCUCUUUACUAACACAUAUCCAUGAGA